GAGUAUAGAUUUGAACUCAGGACCUCUAGUCUCCAGGAUUGACUAUCCACUGAGCUACCCCCAAUAAUCACUUUUAGCCAGGUUAUAGUGGAAAACUAAAUUAUCUCUAAAAUGCCUUUAGCUUUCACAUGAGUUUAGUCAAGUCACCAUUGAGCACCAGCUUCUUCCUCAGAUCCAAGAUUUUAAACUGAUGAGAUUCAGACAGAGGGCUGCUUUGGACUUUGAAUAGCCAAAGUGGCCCAUGACCAAAGAGACACCUGCUAGCUGCUUCCAACAAUUUGCUAUGAGCUUGUGUUGUCCAAACAGCAAAAUUGUUCCCGAAUUACAGAAUGGCUGUGACCUUUAUCAAUAGAAAGGAAUUUGAGAUCAGCUAGUCUGAGAGUCUACAAAUUGUGAGCUAAGGAUAGUUUUUACAAAAUGUUAUUGUAUUUAAAAAUAAUGAAAAACUAUCUUAGUUCCCCUGAUAUAAAGCUGGAUUUGGUCCUCAGCUAUAGUUUGCUCAUCAUUAUUGUUUUUUGUUUUUAGACCCUUCUGUCAGAGUUGAAACAAGUAUCAGUUCCAGGGCAGAAGAGUGGUAAGGGCUAGACAGCUUAGAGGUUGUGACUUGCUAGUGGUCAUAUGGCAAGGAAGUGCCCUCCCAACUCUAGGCCUAACCCUCUAUCCAUGGAGCCACCUAGCUAACCCACUUGCCAAUAUUGUUGUUUAGUUAUUUUCAAGCCUGUCUGACUCUUUAUGACACAAUUUGGGAUUUUCCUGGCAAAGAUAGUGGAAUGGUUAUUUUCUUCUCUAGUUCAUUUUACAGGUUUGGCAAACUGAGGCAAAUAGAGUUAAGUGAUUUACCUAGGGUCACACAGCUAGUAGUUGUCUAAGACUAGGUUUAAAAUUAGGUCUUCCUGAUUCCAGGCCUUGGCACUCUAUCCAUUGUGCCACCUAACUGCCCACCAAAUCCUAAACUAAUCCUACUGCUUUGCUUUAAGAAAUCCAGAAAGGGAAACUGAGGCCAAGAAAGGAAAUAACCUACUCAGAGUCAUACAGCUAGUUAUUGCAUAGCCAGGACUAACACCCAUAUUCCUGUCCCCAGACCUAAGUUCUUUCCACUACACCUUACUAUCUCUCUGAAGUUGGGUUCUUUCCUGCAGAGCCCAAAUAGAAAUCAUGCUCUGAGCUUUCUCAUCCUCAAUAGACUCCAUUCACUCAGGACAUAUUAGUUAUUUCACAAUUUAAAGAAAGGCCUGUGUUUCCUCAACAAUUUAACUAUAAAUGGUGGCUCUCUUACCUCCUGCUUUUCAUCUUGGACCUGGUUAUCUGUCUCAUUGCCUGCUUGGGGUUGGCUAAGCACUCCAAAUGUCUCCUAGCUACGAUGCUAUGCUGUGGUGUGCUCACUCUCCUCCUAAGCUGGGCCUCACUGGCCGUGGACACAGCAGCUGCAGUGGGCACCAGCGAUUUCUGUGUAGCUCCAGACAAAUUCAUCCUGAAUGUCACACAGGGUCACGUGAAUACAGAGAUAACCCGUUACUACCUCUAUUGUAGCCAGGGCCUGAGCAACCCAUUCCAGCAGGCAUUGACCAUCUUCCAGCGAUCACUGACUACAAUGCAGAUCCAAAUCCUUGGCCUCUUGCAGUUUGCAGUACCCUUGUUCCCCACAGCAGAGAAAGAUCUGCUUGGGAUACAACUGCUGCUGAACUCAUCUGAGUCUAGCCUUCACCAACUGACUGCCAUGUUAGACUGCAGGGGACUGCACAAGGAUUACCUUGAUGCCCUAAUUGGUAUUUGCUAUGAUGGCAUUGAAGGGCUGCUCUAUCUUGGCUUGUUCUCCCUCUUGGCUGCCAUGGCUUUCUCGACCAUGAUCUGUGCGGGGCCUCAGGCCUGGAAAUAUUUGGUUGGCAGGGACAGGAGCUACGAUGACAUAGAUGAAGAUGACCCUUUCAACCCCCAGGCCCGGCGCAUUGCUGCCCACAACCCGACCCGGGGACAACUCCGCAGUUUCUGCAGCUACAGCAGCAGUCUGGGCAGUCAGACCAGCCUGCAUCCCCCAGCCCAGACGGUCUCAAAUGCUCCUGUCUCUGAAUACAUGAACCAAGCGAUGCUUUUUGGUGGGAACCCCCGCUAUGAAAACGUCCCACUGAUCGGAAGAGCCUCUCCUCCCCCCACGUACACUCCCAGCAUGAGGGCGACGUACCUCUCCGUUACUGACGAGCACAUGAGGCAUUAUGGAAAUGAGUUUCCAGCCCAAUAGUCUUCCGCUUGUUUCUUUCCUCCUUUUUUUUUUUAAAGAAUAUUCAAGCUGCAUUUCUUUAAUAGAAAUUAAAGGAAACUAGAAAAAUGCAUGAACCCUGGGACUGAAGCAGGCUUGACUGAAGAGAUCAUGAGCUGGUUAGAGCUGACUCAGAGAGGGCAGACUCCUGAGCGUGGUUGGAGUGCUGGAAUAUGGCGGACUACCAACACGAGCAGAGUGAAGGUGUCGGGAAUCUCCAGGGCAUGUGUGUGCCAAGCCCUCCCUAGCUGUCUUCCUCUCUGUCGGGAAGGCCUUUUGGUGGGAGCCUGGAAGAGGUUGUUUCCCAAGUUGUACUUCAGUCAUUCUCUCCUUUCAAAGGAAAGAUGGGAAUCCAAGAAAGGACCAGAUUGCUACAGUCUUGGGGACGGAGCUGCCUCUCCUUGGACCUUCACCGAGGACUUUAUCUUCUAUUACAUUCUGAUAGUGAUUCCCAGUCAGAAGCACAGGUCAUUGGAUCUCUUAAUCUCUUCCUCUCCCCCUUAAUUGUACUGAUCAGGGGAGAAUUUGUUUUAACUUUUUUUUUUUAAGAGAAGCUAAAUGUGAAAUGAAUACGUCAAUACUGUCCAAAUAAAUCAGCCACAGGGCCACACUGACUAUUUGGUAGCAACAGUCUUACAAUGCGGAAAUAAGUUUGUCAAAUAUGGAACACGGGGAUGGGAGCGUGAUAGAGGCAGGAAAAAAGAUGGCAUUGUAGAGUGCAUUCAUAGUCUUCCAAAAGACGGUAGGAUUGGGAUAUGGGGCCAGUGUGGCCUCUUUCAUUUCAGCACAACAUCAGUGUAUAGGCAUCAUGCAUGUUGGCCAUUGGCCACCCACCCUUCCUAUGCAUUUGGCGGCCUUGCUUCCUCCACAGAUGGAAAUUCUGCUCUGAGUUUAUCAGAGGUGGUCGGGUUGGUCUCAGGUGGUCCUGGAAACUUUCGAAAAACUCCUCCUUUUUUUCCCCCUAAUUGGUUAUCCAGAGGAGAGAAACAUUCAGCACAUUCUCCUUUUAAGAUGUAGAGUCUGGGGUUCAUUUCCUACGCUUUUAAGAAAACUGGCAUUUAGUUCCCCUGGGCUGUGCUGAUUUUUUUUUUCUUUAAUAAAAUGCAAUGGAAAACUUAAGUGAGACAUCCACCAAUGUGUGCGGAGGAUCCUGGUUUUAUCCUCCUCCGAGAGAAGGUCUCUUUAAUGAGAAAGGCAGCUAACCAGGAUAACGGUAUUGAAUUUCCACAUUGAGGGAAAAGUGGGAAAGACAGGUUGCUUUCUCAUGUUUAUUUCCAUGCAAAAUUUUCUUUUUCUUUUUCAAGAGGAAGAUGUGGGGUCCCACCAACAAGCAGGAAAUUGUGUCUCCUCUGUCACACCUCUUCCCUGUCACUGAUAGUUUCUUUCUUUCUUUUUUAAUUAAAUACUUACCUUCCAUCUUGGAAUCAAUACUGUGUAUUGACUCCAAGGCAGAAGAGAGGUAAGAAUUAGGCAAUGGAGGUUCAGUGACUUGCCCAGGAUCACUCAGCUAGGAAGUGUCUGAGGGCACAUUUGAACCCAGGACCUCCAAUCUCCAGGCCUGAGUUUCUAUCCAUUGAACCACCUAGCUUCCCCUCACUGAUGUAUUUUCAUCCAUUCUUUUACACCCCAUGCUACCAGCCUUCACCUCCAUUGUGAACAUUGGCUCUUGGGCCAGGAGGAAAUAAUGACCUACCAUCCUCCCUCUCCUGAGGAUUAACAAUUAGGGUUUUUGGUGCUUCCAGUCUCCUGCCAACCCAAAGAACACACACUCAAGCCCCAUCCAGAACAGCAGUAAAACUCUGCUUUGGCUUGGGAUUGAGGGACUCCUUGUGGUUUUGGAAAAGCUCCCUUUGUUGAAAUAACAAUACUGGCAAUGUGGAGUAUUGGCUAGCUUAUGGCAGGUAAAACCAGCAUUGGCAAGCCUGGCCAACCGAACUGAGGGCUCUUCUGUUGGAGCUACUCUCAGUGACUCACUGUGUCCUUCACUAAUACCAACCUGUAUAUACUGUGUACCAUAAAUACAUCCUUUCAGCCUUUGUCCAUCGCCAUGGCCCACGACACUCAGAGUGUCUAGUUAUACAAGGUUUUGCUUCUUAACAUUUCACUGUCGUGACUAGGACACCUAUUUUUAAUGCAUGUAAAUGGAACAUUUUCGGGGGGCUCCUGAAGGAGCAAAAUGGGGGAACCUCUGCUGCCUGAAUGUGGAUGUAUCUGUCCAGGAGAAAGAAAUAAAUACUCAUACUAAA